CGCACUCGGAGCAUGUGGGGCGCUCCGGAAACACACCGGAGCGCAGCGCCUUCAGUUCAGUUUGGAACGUAAUGACGUUUGGUAGGUUAUGUGCGCUCUAGUGGGGCAUAACAUAGAGAAUUAACGCGACCUUUCAACUAAAGACAUCCAAUUCCGGCUACCGAUGAAUUACAUCGAUAUUGAAGUGAUAUUUAGGUAUCUUUAGUUCGGUUUUAGUUUGGUGUUUUUUUAAUUUUGUGCUGUGGCUGUGAUCUCGGGAGGAGUGCGGCAGGAUUUCCGAUCGAAUCUUUAUUUACCCGAUUAGAAUUCCCAAGAAUGGCGAUUAUGUGGAGACUGUUUGUUUGCUUUGCGACCUUCUCGUCGUGCAGGGGUAUCUUCAUAGGUGGAGAACAAGAUGUAGGGAGCCCUUUAAGGGUUGCACAAUGUAGGGCUACCUGUCUUGAAAGGUUUUCUAAUAAUGCAACCGAUGGAGAAUCUGUUUGCUUGCAGGGACCAGACUGCUUCAUGUGUUGGGAGAACUGUGAACUACUCCAGUCCAACUUCCAAGUGUGGGGCGCCAUGUGUGAAGAAAAAGAGAUAUGUUUCCCUGGUUGCCAAGAAGCAUGUCGUUUCCACGCUGAAGCAUCCCUACGAGUGCAGCAAACCCAGCCUGUAAUCCAUACCAAAGGUGAAGGUACCAUCAAGGUUUCCGCUGCUCAUGCUAGUUGGCCAAGACCGUCCUCAGUUGAACAAAAAACACCAUUGGUAUACGUUGUGAUGCGGAAAACGCUUGCCGGUCCAUGGAGGCAAAUUAUACAGACUCUAGAUCUCACGACUCACGUACCAGUUAAUUCAGAUCAAGGAGCCAUGCUUAAAGUGCUUGUGGUCGAUCCACAAGGUUUAGUUACCAUUUACAGUUCAGACGAGGCGAGCGUUGAAGAAAACAGGAAGAGAAAGAAGACUAUCAAUACUGAAAUUAAAGCGACGACAAGCAAGAGUAUCAUGAAUAACGUAGACUUCCCAUGGGUUCUUCGAGAAGUAUCUUUGAUUCACCAAAAAGUGUUGGUUAUCGGAGAGAUCGCUUGGGAACCCAAAUCAGCCCGUGGUGUUUACUUAGUCACCUGGGAAAUCGAUGGUGGUGGUCUUAAAGGCAACCUCUUCACUGACUCCACUUGCGUGACCCUUUCUCUUUGUGCUGACACAAUCUACCACAUCCAAGUCGAGCUGGUCUCAAGGAUACCAGGUGUAGAAAACCUCAAAUCUGAAAUGAUGGACCUGGAUACUGGUCGAGCGUUCAAGGUUUCCACGGAAAGUAAACAAGAUCUCAGUGUUAAGGCCGAUGAGUUGCCGGAAGAUGCAGAUAUCAACUCACCCCUGUUGUCGGUUCUUGUGAGAUCGGCGCACGGAGAUAAUCACAGUUUCAAAUGGUACAACGCUGAGUUAGUGUGGGGUAGUUGUGCAGCUAUAUUGUUGUUCUCUGUUGUGCUCCUCUUGUUGUUCUGGAGGUGUAGGAGAAGGUCGAGAAGGACCAUCGAGAACAUGAUCACUGGAUCUUCUAGUGUCAGGAGCAAAAAAUUGAUAGAUGAUUACUCGGGCUGCACAGAUUUAUGAUGUCUCAUCAGUCAAUUGCUAACAGUGACGAUGAAAAUAAAAACUAAACAAGUUCAAGAAAGAGAAUGAAUCGAAGUUUAUUAAUGAGGAAAAGCUUUUUCUCAUUGAGGAAUAAACCCAUCGAUUUAUUAUGUCUCAUCGGUCAAUUGUUAACAGUAAUGAUGAAAAUACAAGACAAUGAAGUUCGAGGAAACGACUGAAUCGCAAUGAAUGGAAGUUUAUAAUGACGAAGGGCUCAUUCACUUUAAGGAAUAAACACUUCGGGAGAAUUCUCCAGGUCCUAGUGAAAAAUGAUAUUUCACACCCCCACAAGGUCUGCUAAAGGUUCACCCCUCUCUUCAUUGCUGUAUAAUUGCCAUGACACAUUACAACAAAGAAACAGAGCAUCAUAUCAAACAGCAAGCUCAUAUACUAGAGGACUGCGGAUUAUACAACUUUGAUUACACAUGGGUACCACAUUCAACAAAUGUAUGCAGCAAUUAAAAGAACUAUCAGAUGUCACUGUAGCAUGGAUGAGACGCUGGAGAACGCAACACAAUCCAAAAAAAUCAAAAUGUAUAAUAUUUUACAAGAUCAAGUCUAACUCCAAAAAUAUUGUACUUGGAAAUAACACAAUUACACCUACGAAUGUGCAAGUACUUGGGUAUACAACUGGACAGUAAGCUGAGUUUUUGAGGCUCUCAUCAAAACACAAAAGAUGACAGCUAUAACUCAAGCAGAUUACUUUAGAAUACUCACAUAUAAAAACUUAGGAAUCUGCAGCAAAACAUCAAGCACAACCUUCAAAAUGAUCUGUAGGCUAUUAUCAGAGUAUAGACAUACAGUACCAUAUUCCUGAAUAACCCUAAAACAACAAAGAAGAAUAUUGAGAUAGCAGAAAGCAGAAAUUUCACUAACUCUGUUACCAAUAAACGGUUUGAAUUUUCGGGCAUCUGACUUCAACCGACUCAAACCUGUUGUUGUAUAUUUCACUCUGUACAAGGAUAUGACAUAGAUUAUAGUGAUUGUCAUUGUGAUUGUAUGUAAUAUAUCCUGUCAGACAAAUAAAGCAUCAUUUUUCAGUA